AUGACAGUUUGGGUGGACAGUGGCUGCGGCAGCGGCAGGGAGCUGCCUGUCAUCACUAUGUCGGCUAGCACCUCUAUUGAGUCGGGGAUCGAAGCCGAGGUGCUUCUGACGGUCACAGGGCUUGUUUCGGCCCGAAAUUCAUUGGGGUCGCUCUCGAGAGCAGCGGAACCCCUCUACGAUACAGACCAUACAGAUCUCGGUUCGGAGUUGGACGAGGCGGAAAUACGACGAGAGUUGAUGCAUGAUAAAUGGCGCCUUCUAUUUGAUAGGUUCGAUCCGGAAGGCUUCGGCGAGAUUCCGUGGCCAGACUUCCUACAAACCCUUCAGAAUCCAGAUUUUAUAACGCAGGUGCCACCCCAUAAACGUGAGAUUCUUUUGGAUAAAGCUCGAAGUUCUACCAGCGCAGCUAUAACCUUUCAAGAGUUUGUUAAUGUGAUGAGCGGCAAGCGAACACGCAGUUAUAGAUGCGCAGUGCACCAGAGGGACCGUGAGGUCAGCUCUGAGAACGACUUCCAUCUUCUCCUCGAAGACCCCACACUCUUUGCCAGAAUGGUGCACCUCGUGGCAAUGGAAGUGCUACCGGAGGAGAGGGACCGUAAAUACUACCAGGAGCGGUACACCUGCUGCCCACCACCCUUCUUCAUCAUUUGUGUUACUUUAUUAGAGUUAGGCGUAUUCGCCUGGUACGCGUGGGGCGCAGGCGGCGUUGCGGCAGCAGCAGGCCCUGUUCCCGUCGACUCUCCACUGGUCUACCGCCCUGACAGACGCCGCGAGCUGUGGCGGUUCCUCACCUACAGUGUGGUACACGCUGGCUGGUUGCACCUCGCGUUCAACCUGCUUGUACAGUUAGCGGUGGGUUUACCAUUAGAAAUGGUGCACGGAGCAGUUCGCUGUGGAGCGGUCUACCUCGCUGGUGUGUUGGGAGGUUCCCUAGCAGCGUCCGUCCUAGAUCCAGACGUGUGUCUAGCUGGCGCGUCGGGAGGUGUAUACGCACUCCUCGCCGCACAUUUAGCCAAUGCAUUGUUAAAUUUCCAUGCAAUGCGCUACGGUGCCGUGCGGCUGGUCGCAGCGCUCGCGGUCGCGUCGUGUGAUGUCGGCUUUGCGGUCCACGCUAGGUAUACUAAGGAAGCGCCUCCGGUGUCGUACGCGGCGCACGUAGCGGGCGCGCUGGCCGGCCUCACCAUCGGCCUGCUGGUGCUGAAGCACGCGCAACAGAGGCUGUGGGAGCGCCUACUGUGGUGGGCGGCGUUAGGAGCCUACGCCGCUUGCACGCUCUUCGCGGUGCUCUACAACGUGUUCAGUGGUCCAGUGGACGAGCUGCACUACAUGCCGCCCGACCCGCCGCCUGACGCCGGGUUCUGAUCUGCCAUCACUAUGUCCAGCACUUAGGCUUCGAUAUUUUACAUAGCCCAGUUAAACCCAGCGUUUCGUAUCGUAUAUUAUUGUGUUAAACAUAAUUCUGUUCUUGCUUGAAGGUUAUAUAUCGAGUCCGAUCGUAUUGUACAGAAAAGAAUGUCAGUAAAAAUUGUAUUUUGCUAUUGAAUUGAUUUUAAUUCAUAUUGAAAGAAAUCAUGUGAAAAUGUAUAGUUUUAUUUAAUUUUGUCUCGAAAGAUUAAUUUGUUUAUGGCAAAUAUUGCUUUUACGUAAAUUAUAACUUAAAACUUUGUAAGUAUAAAGUCUGUACGAUACGAUACGGUUGGGUCGUGUGCACCGGGCUUAAAUUACCACGCUUUAAUAAUAGUACUAUGUUAGUUGGUCUAAGUUGAAGCCUAAAGAUACAGUCACUUAAUCGUGACCGACUCACAACUCGCCUAGUCAAUUUACCUUAGUGUGAUACGCGAUAAGUAGCAUUAUUUGAGGAGGCCUAACAGUCGUAAUGCCUGGGAACCUAUUCCUUUAACAGGGCUCUCUCCGUCACUUACUCCAUACAAUCGUAGUUCCAAUUUCAUUUGAAUAUUAUGCAACCAAAGUCCAUGAAAUUUUGCAGAAACUAACAUCUGAAAAAUAAUGCCUUUGGUGAUUUAGAUUUUUCUAAAAAUAUGUAGUUUUAAAAUUACAGGGGCUCAAAGGUUUGUAUGUGAAUUUUUAAG